ACAGAACAGUUUGGUGGGUUUGUUUGUCUCAAGUUGUCUCGUACGGAUAGAGAAAAGCUUCAAAUCCCUAGGUUAAAAGUAUUUUUAUUCAGUAAAAUUAUGGAAGCACAAAAAAGGAAGUUUCCGGUUAAUGCAACGGAUUAUAAGCUAUAUGAGGAAAUUGGUGAAGGAGUUAGUGCCUCCGUGUAUAGGGCACUUUGCGUUCCAUUAAAUGAGACAGUCGCAAUCAAGGUUCUUGAUAUGGAAAGGUGCAAUAAUGAUCUGGAUGGCAUCCGUCGGGAAGUGCAGACCAUGAGCUUGAUUAAUCAUCCAAAUUUGUUACGGGCGUAUUGCUCUUUUACAGUGGGCCACAACCUUUGGGUUGUUAUGCCAUAUAUGGCUGGUGGAUCAUGUCUUCACAUAAUGAAAUCAUCUUUUCCAGACGGUUUUGAAGAAUCCGUUAUUGCUGCAUUACUUAAAGAGGUUCUUAAAGCAUUGGUUUAUCUUCAUGCACAUGGGCAUAUUCACAGAGAUGUAAAGGCAGGGAACAUAUUAGCUGAUUUUAAUGGUUCCAUUAAGUUAGCAGACUUUGGAGUAUCUGCAUGCAUGUUUGAUGGGGAUCGCCAACGUUCAAGAAAUACCUUUGUUGGAACUCCUUGUUGGAUGGCACCUGAAGUUAUGCAGCAACUUCAUGGAUACGACUUCAAAGCAGACAUUUGGUCAUUUGGAAUCACUGCACUUGAACUUGCUCAUGGCCAUGCACCUUUUUCAAAGUAUCCGCCAAUGAAAGUUUUGCUCAUGACUCUGCAAAAUGCACCACCGGGCCUGGAUUAUGAAAGGGACAAAAAGUUUUCAAAGUCUUUCAAAGAUAUGGUCGCUACUUGCUUAGUCAAAGACCCCAAAAAACGUCCCUCUGCAGAUAAGCUGUUGAAGCACCAGUUCUUCAAACACACAAAAACAACUGAUUAUUUGGAACGUGCCAUUCUUAAAGGCCUGUCUUCCUUAGGUGACCGUUUCAAGGUGUUAAAGACAAAAGAAGCUGAUCUUCUUGUACAGAACAAGGAAUUAUAUGGGGAUAAGGAACAUUUGUCACAGCAAGAGUAUAUUCGGGGAAUUAGUGCCUGGAAUUUCAACUUGGAAGACUUGAAGAAUCAAGCAGAGCUUAUCAAUGAUUUUGAUGAAAAUUCAGAUGGAGACCAAAAACCUUCAAAACAACAAAAUGGGGUCAAUGGUGCUACAUUACCUGCAGUUAAGUUGUCGGCCAAGACAUGUAAUAAUCAUUCAGAUGCUAUAUCUCAGGAUACCGCUGAUGAAAUUUCUAAUAUGGAGAAUCCAUUGGUUUUAUCAUCUAUUAAGGCUCGUCAAGCACCUGAGGGAUGUUCUGAUAUUUGUGAAGAUGACAUGACAACUGUUAGCUCAACUGAACUAGAUGAAACUCCAUUAGAUACUGAACAAGUUCCUGUGAAGCUGCUGCUAAAAGCCAAGGACCAAGAAACUGAAACCAAUGAUUUUGAGCAUCUUAAUUUCAAGGAUUCUGUACAGAAAACUACUAUUCAUGAGUCAAGAAAGUACAUGAGUGGUUCACUAUUACCAGACAAUGUUCUUUCUCCUACUAAGUUAGUUUCCAAUGGUGAAAGGGAACUUUUUCAACCAAGAUUUCGAGUAGAGCGCAAUUACAGUGGUCCAUUACAACACCUGCAGAAGAAUAGUAUGACUAGCUCUUCAUCCGUAGAAGAUUUACCAGAAGGAGUUGUGGUCACGCAGAAGGGACGUUUUAAAGUCACUGAAGCUGGUUCGAGCCCCAAGGCUCCAAUUCUUAAUUCAAGUUUAGUUGGUAUGGACAGUCCUAGUUCAAGUAUACCAGCAGCAUCACUUGUUCCAUCCUUGCAAAACGUUUUGCAGCAUAACACAGCAAAAAUGGAGGGAAUACGUCAAUUAAUCAAGUUUGUGGACCAACCUUCUGAUUCAUCUUCAGGAAACCCAACGGAAUAUGUGGAUACAGGAAACAACAGUUUCUCACAAAUUCCUCUUAGUCCAAGGGAGCGAGAACUGCAAUCUCAGGUGAGCCAGUUACAACAACGCAUUGAGAGUCUGGUUGAGCAAUUGCAAAGACAGAAGAUGAGAAAUGCUCAGGUUUUUUUCAUUACAUCUUGUCAAUUUAUAGUUGGAGAAGAAAUUGAGUGAUUUGGGGUUGAAAAAUAGCUUCGAAGAGUGAUCAUGAUGACUGGGAUGAUGACGAACAGAUGAGAUAUUUUUUUGACUCAUGACGGCUUCUAUAUUUGUUUUUCAGCGUAUAGUUGCACAUCAAGGUUGUGUCGAUGCUAGUAGUUGUGACAUUCAUUUUAUGUUAAUAUAGGGGUAAACACAGGAAAUUAUGAGUGAUCAUUCCUUACAUCAUGCUAGAUGAUUUCCCUCAAUUAUCAAAUACUAAAAGUUAUAGACAGAUGGGUGUCUAGUCCUCUGCAAGGGAAGAGCGACUGUUGACCAAAUCUAGGCUAUUUUCAACAUUGUUUUAGAGGUUUUGUUUUGUUUUCAAAGUUUGAAUUAUUAUUUUUCU